GGCCGCAGGCGGUGCCCAGCCCCAGCACCUUUACCUGCACCUGCGCGGCCUUGGGGAGGUGCGGGCCUUGCGCAACGCGGGGACGGGGACAGGGCGCGCUACCCCGGCCACGCGCUUAUCUGCCCUCGGGGCGGGGAGCUGCCACGUGGCUCUGCCCGGCCCCCAUCCUCCCUCCCGCUUCAUAGCCCGGCUCCGCGGCAGGGCCGGGCUGCGCCAUGGGGGCCCGGCGGGCUCAUGCCCCCCGGCAUCAAUCAUUAACCGGGAGGGCGGGGCGGCUGCCCUGCCCGCCCGCCGCUGCCACCGCCGCCGAGCCUGAGCCCGAGGAGGGGGCGCCUGCUCCCGGGAGCGGGGGCUGCGCGCGCCCGCAGGUGCAAGCCCGGCCCCGCCGCAGGGUCUGAAUUACCGCGAUGCGCAGCUCGGCUGCAGGAGGAGCUGCCGCCGCCGCUGCCCCUGCUGCAAUGAGUGAUGCUGGAGGCGGAGGAGGAGAAGCGCAAACCCGCUGCAGCUCCCCCGGCAGCGGCGGCGGCGGUGGGGGCGGCUUUGCCUUCGCCAGGUUGCAUCCGAGCCCCCGCCGGGGCCGAGCCGCCACCGCCACCGCGCCGCACGGCAGCCAGCGCCCGGCGCCGCCGGGGACCAUGCCGCGAGGCCGCGGGGACGCGGAGCGGACGCCCGCCGCCGGGCCGCUGCUGCGCUGGGACGAGGUGCCGGCUGACUUCGUGGAGUGCUUCAUCCUGUCGGGCUACCGGCGGCUGCACUGCACGGCGCAGGAGUGCCUGGCCUCCGUGCUGCAGCCCACCAACGAGACGCUCAACUUCUGGACGCACUUCAUCCCGCUGCUGCUCUUCCUCAGCCGCUUCUGCCGCCUGCUGCUGCUGCGCGGCGCGGCCGAGCUGCCCUUCCAUCACCCCGCGCUGCUGCCGCUCUGGUGCUACGCCUCGGGGGUCGUGCUCACCUUCGCCAUGAGCUGCACGGCCCAUGUGUUCAGCUGCCUGUCGCUGCGCCUGCGCGCCGCCUUCUUCUACCUGGACUACGCCUCCAUCAGCUACUACGGCUUCGCCAGCACCGUGGCCUACUCCUACUACCUGCUGCCCCGCCUGCGGCUGCUGGACGCCCGGGCGCUGAGCCGCUACCUGCAGCAGCACCUGGGCUGGUAUGUGGACUGCAGCCUGCCGCUGGCUCUCUACAGCUCGCUGGUGCUGCCCGUGGCCUUUGUGCUGGCCGUCACGUGCACCGUGGCCUGCUGCCGGAGCCGCUCCGAGUGCUGCGCCUACCCUUUCGCCAUCCGCACCUUUGUCUUCGCCAUGCCGCUUAGCAUGGCCUGCCCCAUCAUGCUAGAGAGCUUCCUCUUUGACCUGCGGGCGCACAACCCCACGCUCUUUGUCUACUUCUACCGCCGCUACUUCUGGCUGCUGGUGGCCGCCUUCUUCAAUGUCAGCAAGAUCCCUGAGCGCAUCCAGCCGGGCCGCUUUGACAUCGUGGGCCACAGCCACCAGCUCUUCCACAUCUUCACUUUCCUCAGCAUCUACGACCAGAUGCACUAUGUGGAGGAGGGGCUGCUCAACUUCCUUAAGGCGCCACCCACUGCCCCCACCUACCUGGGCACCGUGGGCUACAUGCUGCUCCUCAUACUCUGCCUGGGGAUGGUCAUCAGGAAAUUCCUGAAUGUGGCAGAUCUCUGCAAGCAGGACUAGUUGGGCCAGAUAUUCUCCUUGCCCUUCUUCCUAGUCCUGCUGUUCUGAGAAGAUGCUGCAAACCUGAGGUGAAACCCAUUGGCAAAAGAGACCACUCCCUUCCAAGGGGAGGUCUCAAGAGGAAACCACCAGUUGCGGACCUGCUAGAAAACUCCUGCUACCAUUUAAACCACUAGGCCCUGAGAGGAAGCGAUCAAGCCCUGCUGUUUAACAACCUGCUGCUGCUGCCUUGCUGUUAGGGUAUGAGCAGAACCUGUGUAGCACUACUGUUCAGUCUACUAGGAAACAAUAAAAUGCAUGGACUGUGAAUGCCACUUACUAACUUCAGGCCAGCUAGUCUGGUUAGGAGAUGUUAUUUAAAUUAGCAAUAUAUGCACAUGCAAUGAGUAUUAGUAGGUUUUUAACCAACUCCUAUGUGGAAUUCCCUAUCAGAUUAUGCACUGACAUUUUUCUUCUGUGCUACUGGAGUACCUCUUUGAGGUUAUGAGCACUGAAACUGGAUUUUAAAUGCAAACAAACUGACAGCUCUCUGUAGCUUUUGUGGUAUUAUAGCCUCUGUGGCUAGUGAACUCAGUUGAGUGGACACUACUGUUAGGAUUUUACAGAGAGAGAGGUAAAAAAUAUGAAUGACGGAGUUGUAACCUAAUCAAGGAUGUCUGGUCAAUUGUAAGAGUGAAGGUUGAGUGGCUGAUGUUGGCAUUCAAGUCCAAAGUGAAAAUCUAGAGCCAGGUCCUUAGCUGGUGUGGUUUGGCACAGUGCCAUUUCGAAGUCAUUGUACCAGCAAGGGAUCAAACCUAUGUAGUCAAAACCCAGUUGCCCUACUCACACAAAGCACUGAAUGUAAGGAGAGUAGGUUUUGGCCUACAGGCCUUCAACCCUACUUUUUUUUUUUUUUAAUUAUGAAGUGUAUAGAUCUGACUUUUGCUCUUGAAUUGGAGCAGUCAGGUACUGCCAUCCUGCAACUACUUACAGAAUAAGGUACUAUGGAACAUGAGUACAGGAGGCAGAAUCUGGCUCUCUCUGUACACUAGGUAUUAUUAGUUUGAUAUCCUUCUGCAUUUUCCUAAUUCAGUAUGCUGCUGCAGCAGCUGGGUGUUUUUUGAAGCUCUACCUAUGGGGCUGUGCCCUAGGCUGCGGAGGAUCCGGAGGCUGGACUUUCCUUGAGUCAUCAUAUUUUGCAGGAUAACAACCUUACU